AUGUCCCUCCGCGGCUUCCACACAAGCUCCGACACCAUAGUCCUCAAAGACAAGCAUAUUCUCAGCAGUCGCUGCAAACGGCCCGACGGCACCUGGUCCUUCUCGGAGAUCGAUCUGAAUAAUUGUCUGGGGAAUAAUAACGGGAAGUUUGUCUGGGGCGGGGACUCGUUCGCGGACAGCGCGUCGCAGGUGCAUCUUGCGUUGGAAGGUGGGGAGGGGAAACCGAUGCUGCAUGCGCAGCUGAAUGACCGGCAUGGGAGUGUGCAGUCUGCGAGUGUGAAUCUCGGAGAGUGUAUUCAGAAUGAGGCGGGGGGAUUGGAAUAUAUGCAUUGCUGA